AUAUUAUAGUAAACUGUAAUACAAAUAGUAAAUUCAGUGACCAAAUCGUAUAAAUUUCGUGAUAAAAUCAGUGAUCAAAUCAUGUAAAUUCCAUAUGAAUUCCAUGCAAAUUCCGUAUCCAAACCAUGUUUUUAGUGAUACAGAAUUGGAUGAGAAACCACAUGAAGAUGGACGCGUGACUAAAUGGAUUAAUAUUAAAAACAAAGGUGAAGAAUUUGCUUUUAAAAUUACUUUUGAGGAAGAAAGUGCUAAUGUACAAAAUCAAGUUACAAUUCUUAAAGAACUUCAUGAUUGGAAAAAUAUUACAAGAAUAUAUAGACUUAUGUGUGAAAAAAAUAAAUGGUAUUUGGUAUCUGAGUGGGCUGAAUAUGAACUUAAUUGUAUUGACCCUGAAAAUAAUGAUAAUAUAUCAACUACUACUAUCCCAGAAGAAAGCGAUGAAAGUAAAAAAAUGGCAAAUGUAUAUUAUUGA